GUGAAUGGAAAACUGUAUGCUUCGUGAUGACAAAUUUAUGGAUCAUGGAUUCAUGAAAAGAGAGCCGAAAAACACACUUGCAAGAGAACACUUUGAAAACGGGAAAAUGAACAGUAUAUCUUUGUUGUUACGAAGUAAUUUAAGAUUUUCUUCCAUUCAUAACAAAUCAGUUGUUGCCUAUUCUUCACAGGCAGCGAAAGAAAAUGUUACAAUUAAAAAAAAGAAACCUAUCAGCAGAGCGAUGCGUGCAUAUAUUGACCGAGUUAAGCAAUUUGAGGAAAAUUUGAUCGUAGAGUCAAAGGAGUAUAGUGAUGGUAAAAGAUUUUUAGCAAACAUAAUGGGUGAGGAUCCAGCACACUUCACACCCAAAGAUGUUGAUAAAAGUGUUGAAUACCUCCUACCUUCUGGAUUAUUUCAAAAAUUGGCUAGACCAGAAAUGGCGCCUCCUGAAGAAACAAUAGAGAAGGCUAAAUUUGACAUCAAUGGGCGUCCUUUUCAUUUUCUUUUCUACACAGGGGCAUCCCAUCUUUAUGAAACUCAAUUUGAAACUGUGAAAAGAAUAAAUAGGGCUGAAAAAUUACUUGAACAAAUUCACAGGAAAGGGCACACACCUGAAAAGGAAAACAAAAUGGAUUUGGUUACCUCAGAAUGGCAAGAUAUUAGCGAAAUGGAGAAGACCAUCAAUGAAAGUAUUAGAGAUGAUCACUUUGAGCAGACUAUGCAGGCCCUUGAGAGAUUGGCUCAACAUCCUAUGUCGGGCCAUUUUAAAGACUUUUUGAUGAAUUAUAGAAAAGCCACUACAGUUAAUAUGACCGAAAUGGUGUUUCCAGAAAUUCAGCAAGACCCAGACGGCCGGUACAGUGUUCAGCACACUACCAAGAGGAAAACAGCUGUGGCAACAGUGACCAUCCGUUCUCCAGGAGAAGGCAAAUUUGUCAUUAAUGGACAACCAGGCCUUCUGUAUUUCUCUGAUGUGGGAGCCAGGGAACACGUGCUGUUCCCGUACCAGGUGACGGGCCUGAUGGAGAAGGUGGACACGGAGGUGACGGUGGAGGGCGGCGGUUUCAACGGCCAGUCCGGCGCCAUCCGCUACGCCACCUCCUUGUGCCUGGCCGCCCUCGUCGACGAGCAGGGCCGCGUCAAGCUCCAGCUCGCUGGUCUUCUGAGGCGCGAUCCCCGCGUGAAGGAACGCAAGAAGUUCGGCAAGGCUGGCGCCCGGCGCGGUUACACCUGGCUCAAGCGAUAGAGAGGCGGCUAUGUUGUUUUGUAUCUUCCACACGUAUAUUGCGAUAAUAAAUCUGCACGUUUCGUUAUCCU